GGCGACCAGCUUGCAGCUCCGACAAGACACCACAAGGCUACCAGCAACGGUAGAAAAUAAUGGUCACUUAACUUUAGCUAGCAAGGUGACAUGCAGUUUACCCCCGAAACGAGAAGAUGAAAAGGAACAGAUCCUCUGAUGUCACUGGAAGAUAUAGACUGAUCGGGUCAUCAGGGGUCACACAUGACUUUGUUGGUAUAAACACUCAACCUGCACAUGCGCGAGAAGGAUUCAUUCAGUGCUUAAAGCACCGCCUCUGGUGGUCAGUAAGAAUGAAAUAGAAUUCAACUACUUAUUCACUUUGUUUUCAAUCUUGUCAUCAAGCUUGUCUCAGUCAAAACAGACUUUUAUAUUACAAGUCCUGGAGCUGUGGCAUUUGUCAUAAAUCCACUCACUGGAUGAAUAAUCCAUUUAUCUAUCUAAUUAUUCUGGCAUGAUUUAUUCAUGUGGUAUUGUUUUUUUUUUUUCCUUUUUUUUUUUGUAUUUGUUUUUUAUGUAUCUGUUACAUUUUUAGUGUUCAGUUCCCCUAAUUUAAUUUGACUUGCUGUGUUUUACCUCGUUAGUGAUUGUCUGCACCUGUGUCUUUUUGUCUCACCUGUGUCUCAUUGCUUGUUAUCCUUGGCUGUUUCCGAAAUGGACACCCCUAUAUAGGCGACUAUAUGGGGAUUAUAUGCGCCGACAACAAUGCGCCAUGUAGUUUCGAAACCUCUGGUGACUGAGUUCACUACAUAGUCAGCUAUAUAGUGAAACCCCAUAUGGGGAUUAAGGGUUAGGAAUUGAGUGAUUCAUUUCGGACACAGCCCUUGUCUUCCUCUCCUCUUAGUUGGUUCAUUGUCGAUGUUGUUGAAUUUGCAGUGCCUUUAAAACCCAACCUCUUGUUCUUGUGUUUUCACAGUGCCUUUUGAUUUCUUUGGAUGGUUUGCUCCUGAUGUUUUUGCUUUUUUGGAUUUCUUGGACAUUUUAUAUCUAAGUUUUUGUUGGACUUUCUUCUUUUGUUUUUGUUUAAUCGUAACGUAUUCAUGUACACAUCUUUCUAUUUAUCUAGGUGUAUUUGAAUAAAUGCAAACAUCACCAGCCCACAGUCACACUAUUUGCUCUACAGUUCAGUUUGAAGAGAAUUGAACUCUUGUGCAUGCCUUGUGAUGUAACACGCACCUCUUUAUCUCAUUUGCACAGCUGGCACAAAAGACUCUUACUCCCUUUGUUGGUCAGGCCCUGUGAAUUUAUUUUUAUACUGUCACAACAAAAGGACUCUGUCAUGGCUCAGGUGUAGUCAUUACCUAAAAGGUGUACACACUCCUGUCAUGCCUUUGGGGGAUUAUUAAAAUGUCUUUGUAGUGGGGUAAAUAAUCAGCCUUUAAACAGCUUCAGUUUUUCAUCCAUGUUCAUCAAUUUUCCUAAUACUUAAUUCUUUUUUUUUGUUUCAAUCACAAUAUGAAACACAAUCACUUUGAACUCAUGAUUUUAAUAGUUACGGUCAAACAACCAUUAAAGUAUUGGUGGCUUUUUCUCCUCCUCCUCCUCCUCAGUCAUUAGUUGUGCUUUGCUGAGAAGUGUGACCACCCUUUUGCUGCCAAUCUUAUCUGUUGUUUUUGGCUGAUCAAUUUGACAAUUAAACACCAUGAAAAACUGCACACAGUCUGGUUGUUAAGAGAGGUGCAAGAAGGCAGAAAAAGGUUUGAUUGAUUGACUUGCUCGACGUUACUUGGCUUAUGUUUUUGGUGUAACAUGAAUCAAAAUAAUCAGAAAGUCAUCUCUCAUUUACCCUAAGAGGAAGGUGAAAAUGCAGGUGUCAGUAUUUACACAGAAAAAUUCAGCUUUUUUAACAGAUUGGACUCCUGUAGCGUCUCUGUUUUUGCUCUGUCUCUCAACAUGCAGGAGACACACAGGAGACUCUAUGAAAUGCGUUGAGACAGAUGCUGCAUUUACAAAUGUCACAUUAUAAUACUCAUCUUUAUUUAGUAUUAAAGUCUACAGACACACCAACACGAUACUGCAUUAGUGGAUGCACAGCUGUUAUACUGCAUCCAUAAUGGACACAAUUCUGUUUCUAAGUGCAUUCUUAAAGGACCUGAUCAUAUUAAACUUCCUGAGCACAAUAUUGUGAGAGGGCAUGACAAAAGCCUGCAGUCUGCCUUAAUUUCAGAUGCUCAUCCUUCUAGUUCCUGUAACUCCUUUUCCCUCUCUUUCAGACAUGAUUUCAAAGUUGUUAAAAGAGUACUCUGAACUGUAGAGAAACAUUAAACUUCAGUCUUAGAGAGGAUCAAAACCUCUUUGAACUGCAGUUUUUUAAUCUUUUUAAUCAUUUUGAAAUACAAGAAAAAAAGAAAUGAGGCAAAGCUUUUACCUUUUGGGACUGUCAGACUCGGCCUGGUUGAGUUCCCUGCUUCAGCGUCUGAUGUUUGUCCUCUGCUUCCAAAUUGUAUAUAUGCUGAGUGAUAACAUCUAAGAGUGAUAACAUCUAAAAGUGAUAAUAAUCUGUUCUGCUCCUCUAAAGGAGGGAAAAUAACACCAGUAUAUGCAAUAUAAUAUAUGAACAGUAGUGUGUGAGUACAGUAGUGUCUGCCACCAGAACAGUGGCAGUGGGAUGAAAAAAAUCUGUUUUAUUUUAACUAUAAUAUGGUGCUCCGAAGUGAGACUGUGUGGGGAAGUAUCUCAAAAAAGUGAACCCUGCUUUUUUAACAUCAAAUGUGAUAUAAAGCUGCAAAUGCCUCAGAGAGCUGUGUCACAGAUUUUGUUUCAGACUGUUCAAAAUUGAGAAAUUUUUACUUUAAAGACUUCAUGAAUAAAGUCAUAAUUUUACAAGAUUAAAGUCAUCGUACUCCAGCCUGUUGAGCAAUAUUCUUGUCGGUGACAACUUCUGGUUAACCAAAACAAAUGUACAGGCCAUUUUUUAAACUUUGUGUCUCAUGCUAUUUUCUAUUUUCUUUUUUUAUAAAUGAAAAUUGAAAAUUUGUUAUUUGACUUUCUCUCACUUGUUCCAGACAACAACAAAAACCAAACUGUAUUUCAAUUUCUGUGUUUUUAUCAUUAAAGAAAAAUCAAAGAAUCAGUCAUUUUUCUAUUUUUAAUAUCUGUUUCCAAACAUUAUAUCACAUUACCAAAAGAGACAAAGGCUGUCUGAUAAUCAGUUUCAAGUCACUCUCUAGUUUUCUUCUUUAAAGGUAGAUUUUUCUCUGUCAUUUGACUCUGGUACUCUUGUUAGUUUUAGUUCAGUUUGACUCACUGCAGCAUCAGUUGCUGUAUUUACAAGCAACAAUGUCCUCGAUAUGAUUGAAAAUAAUUAUAUUGAGUGAAUCGGAUGCAACCUGUAUACAUGAACUUAAAAUGAAGUGAUCCAAGUUUCGUCCAUGUUUACAUGAGCCCAGCUGAAUCUGAUUGAUUAGCUCCUACAACUUGUGCAAAAAGUGUCUCCAUCUUCAAAGGAGUGCUUGAAGAAGAGGUGCGCUUCUGUUUUACGGCUUCCUGUUUGCAUCUAGAAAAUGGAUCAAUGUCAUGUUUUAUUGUGUUUUUUUAAUGUUGUUUCGUGACCAUACAUACUUGGGCUCUUGUGCAGAACAAAUAAUACCGUCUAUCAACCGAAUACCAUCCAGUCAGCUGUUUAUAUGUGGCAUCAAAGUGUUUACAUGACGCAUUUUCAAUCUGAUUGAAAUCCUACUUUAAACAAUUGUAAGUAGGAUUUUAUGACCCAUGUAAACGCAGCUAGUGAGUGAUAUUCAGUGUGCAGCUAGCACAGAUUGUAUGUAAAAUGGACAUCAUAUGCCUCCUGGUACAAAUUUAUCUGGUACAAAUUUUUCUCAGACUUGGAUGCUGUCGUAAUACGUUGUCAUUGUUAAGCUGAUUUGUGUUCAAGUCUUUUUUCUGAAAAAGUUUCACCACAUUUUGAUAUGACUGACAGCUGCCGUUCUUCCACAAUAGGAACAGUGCAAGGAGUGGAAACAGAAGAGGAGGGUUUUUUUCUUAAUUGUUGUCUGUUAUCAAACUGAUAAAAUGAGUUUUUCUGCAGUAAAAUGCUCCAACUGACCCACGGGACUCAGAGGAUAUUUGUGGAUUGUUGGUAAAUCAAUGGUGUGUUUUGUCUGUUGAUUUGUAUGUGUGACUGUUAACUAGCUUUGCUGGAUACGGCAAGGGGGAGCCAGGACGCUUGGUCAGAUGGGGGAGUCAACAUUGAGCCCCCCCACCCCUGAGAUUUGGUACCAAGCCCCAGAGUUGAACAAAGAGCAAACUGACCUGAGAGAUAAGAUGACAGGGCGAAAAUGAGCACCUGUCCACCCCGACACCGACUAGUGAGGAUUCGUGAAGUACCUCCAUAGCCAAUGUGAAUGCAGUGAUAAUAAAAACAUCAAUAGUGAUGAAACGUUUGAAUAUGAGAGCAGUGAAACAAGUUUGAACAGAAUAAAAAGAUACUGAAAGGCAAUAUCAGGACCUAAAUGAAAUAAAUACAAUAACUGAAACAAAAACAUAGAUUAAUAGAUAGGCAAACUAAAUAUAUAGGUAAAUAUAUCAAUCAAUAAAAUACAUAAAAUAAUAAAGAUAAAACAUAAAAUAAAACAUAAAACAAGGUGUUUGAAAUUAACAUGAUGGGAUAAAAUAGAAUGAAGUGAGAAUUGUACAGUGAAGAAGACAGGAGUUUAAGAAGUGACUUAAAAGCCUGAUUAUAACUUAGUUUGCGUGCCUUUUCAUCUGAGGCUGAUCCAGUCCACAUCAGAUCACAUUCAUGCCUGAUGAUGGCCUCACACUCGAGUCCUGGCAGCUACAGAACUGCUAGAACAGCUCAGAACAGCACUAUAUGGCUAAUAAGUGACUAAUUACAGCUUGAUUUUCAUAAGAUAAUGAUUAUAAUCUUUUAACCUAAUCCCUUCAUUGUCAUGGGAAAAAUGAUUUAUUUUUUUCAUUUAUUUUAGCAUAAGGUCUUAAAAAGAUUCUAAAUCUGACCUGAAGAAUCUUUGGAGAAUCCUGCAAUGCUCCUAAAUUUAUUUCUUUGUCUCGCUCACGCUUAUCGGUGUGAACCCCACAAGACCACCAGGGGGUGCUAGAUACUCCCACAUCAUCAGAGGAUUUUUUUUUAUUAUUUAGCUUCACACAACUUUUUCACUUUUUGUUGUUUCUGUAAGAAUUUUUAAGGAUGACGUUGAUAGCAUCAAAUUUAAAAUGAGCAUUUAUCUUUUAGGAAAUAAAAUGUAGUUUCAUUAUUUAAAAAUCAGUAAAGGUUUUAUACAAUAUGAAACCAUCAUCAUCUGUUUCACCAGCAUUUCACACAGCGCCCCAACCUUUUUGGAGUUGUAGUCAUGAAUGUUUUUCAGAGGUGAUUUAAACUGAAGAUCUGCUGUUACCACCUGUGGUUGUUGUUUCUGUGUCAUUCCUCUUCAUCUUGCAACACUUCAUAGCGUUCAAAAGCUUGGAUACAGCCCCUUUCCAAAUGAAAACACACAGAACCAAGUCUGAAAGUGGACUUAACCUUAAAAAGAUGUGAAUCACAAUGAAGUUUACAUCAAUGUUAAGUGACAAAAUCAAAAAAGGAAAGAACAGUAGGAUAUACGGGAGAAGCACCAAGACUAAAAUGACCAUAACUCUUAUUUUUUCAUCAAGAGGGAUUGAGACAGAAUGAAAGAGGGCCCUGGAAGUCUGGACCAGACAGAAUAUGAGCACCGGGAUGACCAGGAAGAAGGGAACAAUAUCAGUGUUAGAUAGGAAAUACACAAUAGAAACAAUCCAGACCACAGCGCAGACCACAACAGAGGACUUGAUGCUUCUUCUGAUGCGAUACCACAGAGGAUGGACUAUGGCCAUGUACCUGUAAAUAAUUGAAGACAAGUAAAAUAACAAUGAUUACAAAAGAAAAAAUCAAACUAAAACAUGUUUUAUUCUGAAGCACUUAAAAAAGAAAUGCAAAGUACUGUAUCCAGAGCAAAGCAAAGACAGACAUGGGUCACACAGACAGUAGAAAGAAUUUGAAUGUGGAUGUGGAACAACUUGAUAAUUAAUCAUCAGAAAAUAGAGCCCCAUAAAGCAACGACAACAGCAGGAAAGCUGAGAAAAGUCUGUGUUAAUGACAUAUUUAAACAGGGCACCAGCUCAGUAAACUUUACCCUCUAAACCUGUAAAGGUCUGGGACUGUAAAGAUACACACACUGGGUCUCAUUCAUAAAGUGUAAGUAAAUCGAUGUGUAGAUUUGCACAAAAAAGUUUUACCUACACCUACUAAAAACCAGCAUCAAAAAACUCAAAUUUGAUCAUAGAUCAUGAAUGUGUAAAGUGGCCACACUUCCACCAGUUAACAAACAGCUCAGAUCCCUGCUCAUAAAUAAGAUUAUCUGGGAGGUGAGGAUAUGCAGUAAAAAACUGUAUGGUUCAUUCUAAGCCAGCUCCUGUGAUGUGUGUGGGUCAUUAUCCACAACUUCUUACCUUUCUACAGAGAGAGACACCGUGAAGCCAAUACUGGCCAGCAUAGCAACGAAAUAAACUUCGAAGCUAUAGGCCCAGCGCGUUGAUGGUACCUCAGCUAUGAACGUGCAGCAGAGUUGAAUAAGGUCAGCAAUGAUAAGGUUGAUGACGUAGAUCGCAGCAACAGGAUCACUUCGCACCUGCAGGAAAACAGUUUUCAGAUUCAAUCAGUGGUUUUAGAGAUAUUCUGUACUCCACCUUCUACCAAAUAUGUGGUGUUCAUUUGUCCAACUGCUCCAUUUAACUGUGACAAGGAAAUACCAGAUUACUCGCCAGUCACUGUGGUCAGCUGUAACCAGAAUAUUUAAUAGACACAGGCCAACAUGAGGAGUACAUGAAUACAUUUGAGUAAUAUUGUACUGACUGUGAAAUACGCAGAGUAGAUGGCCAUGAGGGUCAACAGCAUGCCGAUGGAGAAGAUGAUGUAUGUCACCACUGUCAACACAGAGCCACUGUCUUCAGUAAGGGUAUCAGUCAUGUUGUCAUUCUGACUGACAUUUUGGUUGGUAUAGUUUCCAUAGAAAUCCUCCAUUCUUCAGUCUGUUGUUUGAGGGAUCACUGGUAAAAAUGGGAAAAGAAAUCCUCCUCAUUACAAAUCAUUCAUCAUAUCUUGAAGCUGUACAGUCAACGAACAUUUCAUCUUACUUUAACGGGUAAAAGAAAGCUUUUUUUUUUUUUUUUUUUUGAGACUGUUUUUUAAAUGUAGGAAUGAUGAAUGUGUGAUGGUUAGGAAAGUCAUUUGUUUCCAUUGCCAGGAGGCUUGACAACACUAUGGUGAAACACAGCAGCGCAUCACUUUUUAGUACAAAAUACUGAGCGCAGAGACUUCAACUAUUUAUUCACUUUGUUUUUAAUCUUGUCAUCAAGCUUGUCUCAGUUUUGGACCAGUCAGAACAGACCUUUAUAUUUCAAGUCCUGGAGCUGUGGAAUUUAUCAUAAAUCCACUCACUGGAUGAAUAUUCCAUUGAUCUAUCUAAUUAUUCUCUCAUGAUUUAUUUACUCUUGUGGUUUUGUUUUUGUUGUUUUUCCCCUCUUUUUUAUUUUCUGUUACAUUUUUGGUGUGCAGUUCCCCUAAUUUAAUUUGACUUGCUGUGUUUUCCCUCGUUCGUGAUUGUCUGCACCUAUGUCUUUUUGUCUCACCUGUGUCUCAUUGCUUGUUACCCUGUGUGUUUUUGUAUAGGCCUUGUCUUCCUCUACUCUUGGUUGGUUCAUUGUCGAUGUUGUUAAAUUUGCAAUGCCUUUUAAACCCAACCUCUUGUUCUUGUGUUUUCACAGUGCCUUUCUGUUUCUUAGGAUGGUUUUCUCCUGGUGUUUUUUUUUUUUUUUUUUAUUUCUUGGACAUUUUAUAACUAAAUUUUUGUUGGACUUUCUCCUUUUGUUUUUGUUUAUUCAUAACGUAUUCAUCUACACAUCUUUCUAUUUAUCUGGGUGUAUUUGAAUAAAUGCAAACAUCACCAGCCCACAGUCACACUUUUUGCUCUACAGCUCAGUUUGAAGAGAACUGAACUCUUGUGCAUGCUUUGUGAUGUAACCCGCACCUCUUUAUCUCAUUUGCACAGCGGGCACAAAAGACUCUUGUUCCCUUUGUGGGUCAGGCCCUGUGAAUUUAUUUUUAUACUGUCACAACAAAAGGACUCUGUCAUGGCUCAGAUGUAGUCAUUACCUGAAAGGUGUACACAUCGCUGUUAAUGCCUUUGGGGGAUUAUUAAAAUGUCUUUGUCGUCAUAAAGUUGGAAGUAAAUAAUCUAAACAGCUUCAGUUUUUUCCUCCAUGUUCAUCAAUUUUACCAAUACUUAAUUAAGUCUUUUCGUGUCAAUCAAAAUAUGCAACACAAUCACUUUGGACUCAUGAUUUUCAUAGCUACAGUCAAACAAUCGUUAAUUUAACAGCAGCUUUUUCCUCUCCUCCUCCUCAGUCAGCUGCUGGGCUUUGCCAAGAAGUGUGAUGACACUCUUAUAUCUUACACUUACACUCCUGCCAAUCUUAUCUGUUUUCAGUUGAUCAAUUCGACUAUUUAACAUAAUGAAAAACUGCACACAGUCUGGUUGUUAAGUGAUGUGCAAGAAAGCAAAAAGGUUCGACUCAGUGAGUUGCUCUGACAUGGACCCUGUCUUUUCACUGUGUCUCUCAACGUGCAGAAUACACACAGGAAGAAAUCUGUUCAUGUUCUGAUUUAGAUUAUAUCUGCUGAAUUAUUCCCACAUUAGAAACCAUCAGUGUCUUUCCAAAUUUAAGACAGAUGCUGCAUUUACAAAUGUCACAUUACAAUACUCAUCUUUAUUUAAUAUUAAAGUCUACAGACACACCAACAUGAUACUGCAUUAGUGGAUGCACAGCUGUUAUACUGCAUUCAUAAUGGACACAAUUCUGUUUCUAAGUGCAUUCUUAAAGGACCUGAUCAUAUUAAACUUCCUGAGCACAAUAUUGUGAGAGGGCAUGACAAAAGCCUGCAGUCUGCCUUAAUUUCAGAUGCUCAUCCUUCUAGUUCCUGUAACUCCUUAACCCUCUCUUUCAGACAUGGUUUCAAAGUUGUUAAAAGAGUACUCUGAACUGUAGAGAAACAUUAAACUUCAUGUUCAGUCUUAGAGAGGAUCAAAACCUCUGUGAACUGCAGUUUUUUAAUCUUUUUAAUCAUUUUGAAAUACAAGAAAAAAAGAAAUGAGGCAAAGCUUUUACCUUUUGGGGCUGUCAGACUCGGCCUGGUUGAGUUCCCUGCCUCAGAAUGUGAUGUUAUGUCAACUGCAUCCAAACAAUGCACGGUAUAUAUGCUGAGUGAUAACAUCUAAGAGUGAUAAUAAUCUACUCUGCUCCUCUAAAGGACAGAAAAUAACACCAUUAUAUCCAAUACAUAUACUUGGACUAUAAUAUGGUGCUCCUAAGUGUGACUGUGUGGAGAAAGUUCUCAUAAAAUGCACACUGCUUUUUAAACACUGAUGGGAAGCUGCAAAUGCAUUUAGUACACAGUCACAAAAUUAUAGCUACAUUUUUGUUUUUACGUAGUGUAAAGGGUAGACUGCAUCGCAGGUGUUUACAAAGUUCUGAGCCUGGCCCAGUCCUUGCUUGUUAAUAUCUGAGCCUUUGGGAGAUUCUCCUUUUAUACCCAAUCACAACACUCACCUGUUUCCAAUUAACUGUUCACCUGUGGGAUGAUCCAAACAGGUGUGUUUUAGUGUUCUACACUUUUUCCAGUCUUUCUUUGACCAUCCCCAACUUUUUUGGACCAUGUUGCAAGAAUCAAAUUCAAAAUGAGUGAAUAUUUGCUGAAAAACAAACAAAAAAUGACGUUUAUAAGUAGCCUACUCAGCUGUACUUAUAAAGUACUCUGUGCUUCUACUUGAGUACAUAAACAGAGUGGUGGUUUUAUCUCUACUCACAUACAGGUCAUUACAUAUUCUGAUACUCUUUUCACCCCUGAUAAUAUUCUUGUUGUAUCUUAAAACUGUCUGUUAAAGUGUUAAUGCAGGUAAGAUAUGUGGAGUAACACCAUAGACUACACGGGUAAAACAAUAUAUCUUACUGCGAGUAGUUAGUACCGCCUAUGGGUAAAACCACAGAGGAUAUUUGAGGUCAGAGCUUACUAUUGGUCCAAAGCGCUCUCCAUCAACCAAUGAUAUGAUUUUAAAUGAAACUAAUCCGCAUGACAGGGAAGUUCGGUAACCUUGCAAAAACUGAGCUGUCAACCUGUGGCUAAGGGUGUGUUUUCUGUCAGCUACAUCGUCGUCUUUAUCUUUAUUAGAAGUCUUGACUCCGCUGCAGAAAGAGGAAGAGUUCAUUUGAGAACAUGUUACUGCCAGCUGCCCUAGCUUGUGGCGCUGUGGUGUUUCCGGGACUUUUCUACAGCUUCAGGAAAGUCCUGAGACAGACUUUCACAAACUGGACUGAUGCCGACGUUGUGUCCGUCAGUGAAAGGUUAGCAGCACCCACACAAACAGCACGAUUCACGUUAGGAACCCCCGGUUUGCGAUCUAUGAGGGCGGACUUCCCCCCGCGUCACCUCGCCUUCGACGGGUCCGACCAUUCACUGAACUCCCUUUAGAAACAGAUCAGUUUAAUCUCAACUACUUUAUAAGUCGAUGAAGAUGCGAUUUGGAGACAGUCUGAUGAAAUAUAUCAUUUGAUAUACAAUUUUUGUAAGAUCGGCAUUGAUUUAAUCUAGCAAGGGCAAUCUUGAAUGAAGUUAUUGAUUGUUAUGAUCAUUCUGUUACCAGGGGCUCACUCAGACAUUUCUUUUACUGGGGUGGCCCAUGUGAAAAGUAGGAUGAGGGCCCGACAUUUGACUUGAGUUAGUGAAAUAUUACAAUUUUGUAUCAUUUAUGCACAAUACAACUCGAAGACAAUUGGUGAAAUUUAUGAAAAAUUUCUGACAGUGUCUUUCUACUUUUGUAUAAUAGCAUGAUUGAUACAUUUGCCACUUUACAAUGAACGAACUCUGUAUUUCUUUUCUUAAGAAAAAAAAAGCAAUAUCGUUUCAUGAUAAUUAAAGAGGACUGUCUCUUUUUCCUAUCUGUGCUUUUCCAGGCUUGUUUCUGCCAUUCAUGCAUCUUUGGCCACUGCAGCUGGAGUGAGGGUGGUGGCGGCCUGUAGGGACGUCAUGACCGACAAGUAAGUUUAGUAUCUUUAACCUAAACGAACAUAAGCUGUCACUGAAUUGACCAUUUCUCUCUCACUGCGUGCAGUCACUGGCUCACCAAUGGCUUCGCUUUGUUCGGAGCUCCUUACAUGGCCCAAGACAUCUACGCCAUGUAUCUGAGCCACUAUCACACUCAGAGGGUCAAAGGUCAAUCCAGCAGCCACUCUUUUCACACAGUGAAGGCCUUCCUCAAGAGGGACUGGAUGCUGGUGCUCCAUCACCUUGCACUGCUUCUCAUUUUCAUGCCCGUCACUCUGGUAAGAAUCACUGUAAAUGCUUCUGAUUCCAGUGUUGUCAUUUAAAGCCUUUGGUUCUCUAAGGCUUUAAAUCAGCUCCUCUUUAAGGCCUGGAGACCCUGAAAGCAGCAGAUAAUGAUCAUAGUCUAAAAAGCAGGAUCAAGACCUACUUUUAGUGUUUGAUAUUUGCUGCAUUGAUACAAUGAAUUUGCCUCGAAGUCUGGUAUUUUGAUUUGUCUAAUUGAACACAUUUAGUUGCAUGUUUUUAAACUCUUAUUUUGAUCAACAUAUCUGCCCUUAUAUUUCAUUUAAUGUCAUCUUGUAAUUCAGUUGUAUUCUCAACUGUUUUUUUCUCUAAUUAUCUCUGUUUUUUAACUUAUAUUAUAUAAAAUCUUUGAAGCUUUAUUUCAUUUUUAAAAAUUUCAACUUUUAAUUAUAUCCACUUUAUUUUACCAUCAUAAUUAUGUUUGACCUGUUAGGAUGGAUUUGAUUAAGAUUUACUUUUUCAGCUGUUCAUUGACAACUUUCCUUUUACUGAUCUUCAGUUCUUCAGAAGAGGACUGGGUGAUUUCUUCAUCGGCUGCUUCUUCAUCACAGAGUUCAGCACUCCUUUUGUCUCCAUAGGAAAAAUUCUCAUUCAGGUAAGGCAGCUGGAAAACAUCGGGGUAGUGAUUGAGCAUCCUGAUUCGUCAUGAUUAUUUUAUUCUCAGUUGACCUUUUGCACCGUUUGCAUCAACUAUGGAGGAGAGCAAAGCUCAUGAACUCCUUUUUUUUCUAUCUUCUGAUCACCAGCUGGGCCUCGAUGACACCCGGCUGCAUAGAAUCAACGGCAUCAUUGUCCUCCUGAGUUUUUUCACCUGUCGGAUCCUCCUCUUUCCCUUCAUGUACUUGAUGUACGGGCGGCAGUUUGGGAUCCCCCUUCACAAAGUGGCUUUUCAUCUGCCGCUGCAUUGUAACAUGGGUAACCUGCUGAUCCUGGCUCCUCAGAUCUACUGGUUCAUUCUGUUAUUGAAGAAAGCUAACAGACUGUAUCUACGACAGAAAAGAGGGAAAGGAGAGGGAGGCAAAGACAGGCCAAAGAUGGACUAAACUGUAGCCUGUUUCUGUGAUGACUUUCCUUGCACUAAAACUGAAGAUAUACAGAAGAUAAAGGCCACUCCUUAGCUAGGGGAAAGGUUAACAAAGCUGCUUUUACAUAUGCACAAAACUCGCACAAACUUCCUGAAAAUGAUCAAGGUGAGCCAAAAAUCUUCAGUCUGACUUGACUUAGAUUUGGAUGGAUGGAAGAGCACAGGAGAAACAGGUUGAAGGACAAAUACUCUGAGACAAGAACAGUGAAGAUGAUUGCACAUUUAGCUUUGAUAUGUAUGUAGAACUGUCAUCAUAAUGACGGCCUCUGUUUCUUCGAUCUCUAACAUUACACUGUCAUGUCUUGCCUCCUGAGACUUGACUCAUCCCGAGCCCAUCAUCCCCCUCAUCAGAGAGAGAAAGUUUAUGCUGUGAAAGGCUGAGAACAAGCAGUUAUAGAAGUCUUUUCCUUGUGCUUUUUAUGCCUUGGCCCAGGCUCAGGUUAACCUUCAGCCUUUGGCUCCUUCACUUCAUGUCACGCCUUGUUCCCCUGUUUCCUACUUCCCUGUCCUCUCCAAAUGAAGGCAGAAAAUCAAAGGCAAUGUUAAGGAUUACACAUGUGAAAGAGGUUUACAAAUCAAAAGUGAAGAGUAGGUGGAUUAUGGAAGGACAAUAAUAUCAGUAAAUUCUGAAUUUCAGGUAAGGGGUUCAGAAAGACUGUGGCAUUGUCUGUUACACUAUUGACCAAAAUACCUCAGUCGGUGUAAUUUAUGAAAGAAAAUUUGCACUAUUUUGGAAUAAGCCAAAACAAAUAUUUUUACCUUUUGUCUGAGUUAUAAAGCACGUCUUCUAUUCUGGUCAACUUCUGCUGAAUUUUGCUGCCAACACCGAAUUUCCCCUCAAAAGUUUGCAUAAUUUUUGUUUGUUCGACUUUUUAAAUUUCUCCUCAAAAUCUCAGAUUUCCUGUUGAUUUCUCCAAACCACACUGUGUCGCCUAAGUUGUGUUUGUUGCACUACAUUGUUUUUCUACUUUGAGGGAUUUUGAUUGUUUUAUUCAGUUCGUUAAUCUGUGGCAGAAUUAUUGUAAAUGUUCAAUGUCCUGCUUUGUUUUUGCUGUGCAUAUUUUUACAGAAAUAAAACUAUAAGUUCUAUCAAA